GAGCUCGACAAGGUGCAUCAUCUCUGCCUCGGUCACACUCUUCACCUCUCCGAGACUAAGGCCGACGAGGGAGAGGUGACUGGGUCCAAAAUCGACGGCGGCUUUUUCCACGACGAUGACAAGGAUUUUCUCCUCCCCGGCGUUCCCAAUUGGCAUUAUUCGCGCUUCCUCGUCGAGUUCAAAAAUGGCGAUAAGGCACUUGACCCGUUCAUUAAAGACUCAAGGAAUAAAGAGGACUCGCAGAAGCGUAGCGAUGUCCGUGGCCAGCUCUACACAUACGCGGAUUGCCUCCUCUAUGCGCAGCAUCGAACCCACCUUUUCAUGCUGUUCGUCAACGGCUCCAAGUACCGACUUCUGCACUGGGACAAGUCCGGCCUCAUUGUCAGCCACGCGAAGUCCUACCUUACCACCAAGGGGGAUACCAAAGAGUUUCUCUCCCUCCUCGCGGACCUGUCGGCGCUGUCGUCCAAAGAUGCCGGCCUCGACCCCAGUGCAGAGCGUCUCUCUCCAAAGUCAUGCGGGUGGGCCCGUAUGGACUGGGUCGCCGGAACGGGAGACUCCAAAGAUCUAUUGACUGAUAUCGACGAGAAUGACACUGCGGUCUACAACACCUCCGACAUCCGUUCCGACUUUCUCGACAGAUGGGGCGAUUGUACAGGCUUUGCCAAGGGGGGCAAGUUCGAAGAUCCGCACGCGAAGAUGGAUGAAAAGGCUGAGAAGGUGUGGUCGGCUCCACGGCGCACCUUCAAGUACAUCCGCGAGCUGUUCGCAAAGUCGCUCGCAAAGAACGCGUCGCGAUACGUGCUCAAGAUCGAGGGCAAGCGCUAUCUCGUUGGCAACGCCCUGGUCCGCACGCACGAACCGUUCGGGCGGGGGACGCGCGGAUGGCCCGCGAUCGAGUGGCACACGCAGAGUCUCGUGUUCGUCAAGGACGCGUGGCAGCCCCACUAUGUCGGAGUGGACCCCGAACAUGUCACCCUCAGGAAUCUCAACGAGGCCCAAGUCGCGGGCGUCCCCACGCUUAUCGCCGCGCAGGCGUACGAGGGGCACGUCACGUUCUUGUCCUCGAUCGCGGGCGUCACGAACCCCGCCCCGCCUCCCGACUCGUCCAAUCCUCUGGCGACCCACACGCCAACGCCUCGAUCUCGUGCAACGGACAGUCGAAUUGGCUCCGCGCUGGUUAGCGACCCGCCUCACCAGUUCACCCCUCCAUCGUCCUCGCAGGUCUCCGUCGAUAUUGCGUCACGUUUGGCGUCAAGUGGCGCUGCUUCUCUUACAGCUGCUACAUCGCCGGAGGACCUCUCCGGGGUGCGGCAUCUACGGCACGUCCGCAUGGUGGUCGCUGAGAUAUGCCUCCCGUUGAGGAUGUUCCGUAAUGGACUGGAGCUCAUACUGAUCAUACUCUACGCCAUCUCUGCCCACGAGCAAGCCUACAAGUCGAAACACAAGCUGCUCCACCGGGACGUCAGUGUUGGCAACAUCCUCAUUAGGCCGCGGUUCGAGUCUGUCGAGGAAGGGAAGUCGCAAAUUAGGGGGCGUGGGGUCCUAGCGGAUUGGGAAAUGGCGAAAAGUGAGGACGUGCACGUUGCUAUGCAGCCCACGCGAACGGGCACGUGGCCGUUCAUGUCCAUGCUGUGUCAGAUGGACGCGAUGAGACCGAUCGAGGUGGCCGACGAGCUCGAGUCGUUCUUUCACGUCUUGGUCUUCAUGGUCGUCGUAUACAUGGCCAGCAGCUGGAAGCCCGCCGUCGUCGACCGGUUUGUGCCAAAGUACUUCUAUGACGGCGAAAAGAAUGAGGACGGCGGCGAGACGUGCAGCGACACACGCGACAAGUGCAUCCGACAAGGCGCUGUCACGACUGGGCACGACCCGCUCAAGCUGUAUCACGUCGAUGAUGCCGGGCAGGAAGUUCCUGGGCACCCUCUGGAUGACAUCCUCUCCGAACUCCUCCGACUGUUCCGCGCUCGCUUGCUCGUCCACGAAGCCAGUCUGCGCGCCUCCGCAACAUCCUCGGCGAAAGCCACCACUUCGAACACGGCUCCCGUGGCGCCCGGCAUCCUGAUGAUC